AUGGUAAAUGCAGAGACAGAAAUUAGAAAAUUAAGACCAAAGGAACUUUGCGCGCUGGCAGCAACUUUGAGUCCUGAUUCUUGGAAAGUACUUAUGGGAAUGAUUCCAAAAGAUGGAACUCAAAAUGUUCCAAUGUUUACUAAGGAGCACCUUGAUAUUAUUGAAUCAACGGGACUAAAACAACGUCGACUACCAGCUGAGAUUUUUUUGGAUGAAUGGUCGACCAUGGGACGUAAAAGACCUACGAUAGGAAAAUUAAUAAACUUGUUAAUUCAAAUUGAACUAUUCAGAGCGGCUGAUUAUCUAGCUAUUGGAGUACUGAACGAAGAGCCACCCAAACGGCCCCAAAAUGGUCCAGCAGCGCCCAUAGAUUUUUUUGUAAAUUUCGAGGGAACUCCCGAGAUGAUUCACAUUACUGAUGAAGUAAAUGAAUACCAGGACGUUCAAAAAGAAAAUUAUGCAGCGCCGUCGAUAAAUAAUGAUAACUUACAGCUCGCUUAUGAAGAAGAAAAAUUUCAUGCCGAAAAUGUAUCAAAGUUUCCGUUCAAUAGUAAAUCCGAUUUAAUGAAGUUCAGUUCAAGUUCCUUUGAAGAAAAAAAUAAUUGUGAUAUUAAGUAUGGAGAGGAACAGGAAGAAAAUGUUUUACCAAACUUUAAAGAAUUGAAUAUGCAUAAUAAUAAUCAGCAGCAGAGUAAUGUAAGCAAUAAAGGAAUUAUAAAGUCAGAAAAAUCAUCUGAUUCCAUAAUUUCGGAAAGUUCUGAUCUAUCAACAUGUGAAUCUUCUUAUCCAUCAUCAAGCUCAAGUCAGUCUGCUGUUAAUCCACAUAAUUCUAUUUUUUUAAGUGAUAAUUUGCCUGUAAUUUUAAAAGAAAUGAAUGGACAAGACACUAAUUGUGAGUCGAUUCAAUAUUCUUAUUCAAAAGAGUCGCACCAGAAUUUACCAUUGCCUAUAUUAGAGUACAGAGGGUAG